UGAGCAUCAAUCUCCAAGUUAAAGCUAAAUACUCGAUAUAUGGCUCAAGCACCGCCUACACCUCCACCCAUGAGCGCAACAGAGCUUCGAGAUGAAGCUCGAGAUUCCAUCAUUGCUUCCUCGGCGGAAUCCUCGGAUCCCACCGCAUCAUCUAAUACUAGUAGCUCAGGCAGCGCGGAACCCCCCUCACAACUCCCCGCUGUCCAAGACAUAUACCAGCAAGUUUUCCCCCAGCUAUCUGAUCUGGCUGAGCAACAGAACUUUAUUGGUAUCACUAAUAUCGCUGAACAUCACGACUUGAACGGUUCAAACGACAAAAGUUACUCCAGACUGCUUUUGUUUGCUCCCUUGGUCCUGGCUUAUAUGGUGCUGGAUGACUUAACACCUGCUCAACACGCCUUUGCACGGUUACCUGAAAAUGUGUCCUCGCAUCCCCUGUCGCAUGCACUCGCGGCACUCUUAGCAUCCGCUUUGGAACGAAAGUAUGAAAAUACUUACGCUCGGGCCCAAGAGCUGUUUCAGAUGUCGCAGCAAAGUGACUUCCCUGAUCCAAGGCUAGGAAAAACCGUUGGUCUGCUGGUUAAUGACUUCCUUGAUGCAUUCCGCAAGAACACUUUUACGCUUGUUUCGCGAGCGUUCUCGUGCCUCCAUAUUACGGAAGCUCAGAAAUUACUUGGGCUGGGACGAAAGGAGGUACUUACAAUUGCGAACAAUAACCACUGGCAGUUCGACGCCGCCAGUGGUAUAUUGCGACCCUCGAAUACUUCUCUUCCUGCUUUUGUUUCUACGAAACCUGUACCGCCAUCCUCGGUGAUGACGUUCGAUCUUGUCGUGAACAGUGUAACAACCUCAGAAAUAUGUUGAUGUCAGUAGAUGUGUUUGUCGCAACCUCCAUUAUGCAAUACUCAGACGCCGUAUGCUCCCGCACAUCCUGAGUGAUACUUGUACCCAGUGUAGUUGAAUGCAGCACUGGACAACAACCUCGAGGCUUCUAAGAU